AUGUUGAUAUUCAUUUACCUGGUGAUCGCCGUUGGCUCGCUGGUGGCUUACUUGCUGCAUCGCAAUUUCCAAUACUGGAAGCGCCAGGGUGUGCCGCACGAUGCGCCUCAUCCCUUCUACGGCAAUCUUGUGGGCUUCCGCAAGAAUCGCGUGCUACACGACAUUAUGUACGAUUACUACAAUAAAUAUCGGAACGGCAGCAGUCCCUUUGUGGGCUUCUACUUUCUGCACAAGCCCGCAGCGUUCAUUGUGGACACGAAGCUGGCCAAGAACAUUUUGAUUAAGGAUUUCUCGAACUUUGCGGAUCGCGGACAGUUCCACAAUGAGCGGGAUGAUCCGCUGACCCAACAUUUGUUCAAUUUGGAUGGCAACCGCUGGAAGCAGCUGCGUCAGCGACUGUCGCCCACUUUUACCUCGGGCAAAAUGAAGUUGAUGUUUCCCACCGUGAUCAAGGUGGCGGAGGAGUUCUCUACGGUGAUGGGAGAGCAGGUGCCGGCCAGCAAGGGUGGCACUAUCAUAGAGAUCAAAGAGAUGAUGGCCAGAUUCACCACGGAUGUGAUUGGCACAUGUGCCUUUGGCAUCGAGUGCAACACGCUGCGCACACCCGUCACCGAUUUCCGCACCAUGGCACAGAAGGCAUUCACGGAGAUGCGACACGGUCAGCUGCUGACUUUCUUCAUCUUCAGUUUCCCGAAGCUGGCACGAAAGCUCAGAAUGCGCAUUAUGCCCGAGGAUGUGCACCAGUUCUUCAUGCGACUCGUCAACGAUACGGUGGCUGUGCGGGAAAAGGAGAACUUUAAGCGUCACGAUUUCAUGGACAUGUUGAUCGAAAUGAAGCAAAAGGGCAGCGUGACCCUAGACAAUGGAGAAGUGAUGAAAGCCAUGGACAUAGGGGAGCUGGCUGCUCAGGUGUUUGUGUUCUAUUUGGCUGGCUUUGAGACCUCCUCAUCGACCAUGAGCUACUGCUUCUAUGAGCUGGCACAGCAUCAGGAUAUACAGGAUAAGGUGAGGGAAGAGGUGCAAACGGUGCUGGCCCAACACGAUGGAAAACUAACGUACGAGUGUGUCAAGGAAAUGCGUUACUUGGACCAAGUCUUCUCAGAAACCCUUCGAUUGUACACUCUGGUGCCGCAUUUGGAGCGCAAAGCACUCAACGACUAUGUGGUGCCGGGACAUCCCAAGUUGGUGAUUGAAAAGGACACACAAAUCAUAAUACCCGCCUGCGCGUAUCAUCGUGAUGAGAAGCUCUAUCCCGAUCCGCUGCGCUUCGAUCCGGAUCGCUUCUCCGCCGAGCAGGUGGCCGCCAGGGAUUCCGUGGAGUGGCUGCCCUUUGGCGAUGGUCCCAGGAACUGCAUUGGCAUGCGCUUUGGCCAGAUGCAGGCACGCGUCGGCAUGGCACAGCUGCUCAACAAGUUCAAGUUUUCGGUGUGCGACAAGACAGAGAUUCCCCUCAAAUAUGAGCCCAAGUCGUUUGUGCUCGGCUCCAUUGGGGGCAUCUACUUGCGACUGGAGAGGAUUUGAGAUUUGUAAUUGUUACGCUCCAAUGGCAGUUGUUAAUGUCAGUUGUUAAUGUCAGCUGUAU